AUGGCACAGCCCAUCUCCAUCUUAUCUAUCAGUCAAAAUCGCGCCGUCGUACGCACCAUUCACGACUACGUGAAGUCGCACGGAUACGUGAUUGCUGGCAUCCUCGAGUCGGACCCAUUCUCCGCGGAUGAUUUUUCCCUCGCACUUCGCAUUCUCGAGCCGGCACCACGGGCCGUUGUGAUUGGUCGUGGAUAUUCGGGGGAAGAAGCGACCGAGUCUCGCAAGAUUUACAGUGAGUUUGCCAAGAGUGUGGGAGUAAAAGAUGGAAUUGUCAUCAAGAUCACGGACGAGGUCUGUGACAAAGUAGGGAGAGAAGGAAUUCCAGCCUGGGUCCUGAAAGAGCUUCAGACGCAUUUCGGCAAAUGA